AUGGCAAACGAGAGCAUUGGGCAGUCGUUCCAGGCACAUCAACACCCUGCCCAGUACUCCGACAAUGUAAAAUAUUUGAGCGACGGCGAGAUCCAGCAGUUCAUUGAUGAUCUCGAUCACAAUGACGAUGGCUUCAUCGACUACAAGGAGAUUGAGCAAAAGCUCGAUCAAGCUCAUCAAGAGCUUGUGCCCAAACCUGACGCGCAUCACAUCAUCAAACGCGGGCACGAUUCCCAUGACAAAGACGCCCGACACGUCUUCCUCAGGAGUCUGAUGGGCUCGGACGCCGAUCGCAUUUCUCGUCAAGACUUCGCAGACAUCGUUCGCCAAUGGAACAUCCCUUCCUUGAAGCAGGCCAAGAAAGACGAGGAAGAUGAGAAGACGUACUUCAGACGGCGGCCGGGCUGGCGCAAGAUCAGGGCUUACUGGGCUGUCCACGGCCCUGAAGUCGCCUUUCUCGCUCUUGUGAUCUCGAUGCAGGUUACUUUCGGCGUCUGGCAGCUUGUGAAAUAUUACACGACGCCUGAAUACCGGGCUGCGUUUGGUUGGGGAGUUGUUAUGGCUAAAACCUGCGCGGGCGCCCUCUACCCGACCUUCUUCUUCCUCAUCUUGAGCAUGUCCCGGUAUCUAUCAACAGCGCUCCGCAGGUCAUACUACAUUUCAAGGUUCAUCAACUGGGACUUGUCCCAAGAUUUCCACAUUCGAAUUUCUUGUGUGGCUAUUCUCCUUGCCACUCUACAUGCCCUCGGCCACCUGACUGGAUCGUUUGUCCACGGGAGCAACCCUAACAAUGAGCAAGAGGUGGCCAAUUUACUAGGACCUGACUCGGUCCCGCGUCCUUACAUCGCCUACAUUCGCUCCCUGCCUGGGUUUACCGGUCUUACAGCGCUAGGGCUUAUGUACACUUUGUCUCUUCUCAGUAUCCCGCAGGUGCGCCGUUGGAGCUAUGAGAUUUUUCAACUGGGACAUCUUCUAAUGUUCCCUAUAAUCGGCUUGAUGAUGGCUCACGGUACAGCCCACCUUCUUCAAUGGCCCAUGUUCGGUUACUUCCUCGCUUUCCCAACGUUGCUGGUGCUCGUUGAACGGGCGACCCGUAUCCUGCUGGGAUUUCACUCCAUCUCUGCGCGGCUCAAGGUUCUAGAUGACGAAGCGGUGGAAGUCACCGCCGUGAUUCCAAGCGAACGAUUGUGGAAGUAUCGCGCGGGACAGUAUAUCUUCCUGCAGGUUCCUAAAAUAAGCUUCUUUCAGUGGCAUCCGUUUACUGUAUCAUCUUGCCGCGGCAACGAGAUGACCGUCCAUAUCAAGACAGAUGGCAACUGGACGAGGAGGCUACGCGAGCUGGGUGGUACAACAGGUGAUUCAGAGAUCCGUGUUGGGGUAAACGGACCUUUUGGGGCUCCUGCUCAGCGUUUCUAUGAUUUUAGUCAUUCAGUUAUCAUUGGUGCUGGCAUAGGCGUUACUCCGUUCUCGGGGAUUCUCGCCGAUUUGCAGCACAAGGAUGACCUGGACCAUGGUGGCCCAUUAGGACUGACUGUGCAUUCCGAUUCAUCGAACGAAACAUCGCAGACCACACCAGGCCUGACUGAGAGCUCGAGUGAUGAAACAAGGCCGGAGGGCCAAGUAAGAAAUGAAGAGCUGCUCUCGGACGAUGAUGCGAGGGAUUUUGCAGAUGACUAUCGCCGGGUGGAUUUCCAUUGGAUGGUCCGGGACAGAAACUAUUUGCUCUGGAUUUCUGACCUCCUGAAUGAAGUCUCUGUUAGUCAAACCUGGCACCGCGAGAACGAACGACACCGACACUUGGAAAUUCGCCUGAAUACACACGUUACGGCCAAGAGUAAGAGCGUGGUGACACACGUCUACCGCUGGCUCUUGGAAAUGCACCGCACCAAGGAGCAUCCAGCCUCGCCGCUCACUGGCCUGUUGAACCCUACGCACUUUGGACGGCCUGAUUUCGAUAAGAUUCUGGACGAGCAUUACGACGAGCUGCGGGAAGAUCAAUUGAAGAUGCGAAAGAAGGAAUCGGAAAGCUCCCCUGGCCUUGGAGAUAACCUCGACAAGGAGCUCAAGGUGGGCGUUUUCUAUUGCGGAGCGCCGGUUGUUGGAGAGAUUCUCGCCGAUAAGUGCAGAGAGUUGACCACGAGAGGCCGACAUGAUGGGAGUAAGAUUGAAUAUCAUUUCAUGAUCGAGGUAUUUGGCUAG